AUGUUAGUGAAACUAACAAAACUGGUGAAGAGAUGUGAAAACGUGGGCCAUCACAAGAACAGAAAACGUGAGAUAACCUUAACGGACUCCGGUGCUAACCAAUUCUUGGAUACAGGAUACCCUUUGUGGGUAGCCAUCUUGGACAUGAGUAUGGGUAUUAUCAAAUGUUUGAAUGCUUUACCUGUCAUGUUGGUAGGCUCUGUGAAAGAUGAGGACUUGCUACUUCACACCAUCGUAGAGAACCAAGAGCCAGUGGUACGGGAAUUAUCUGAUGACACGUUUGAACAUCUCACCCAAGCUUCCUCUGGGGCCACCACAGGGGACUGGUUUGUCAUGUUUUACGCCACUAACUGUGUGGAAUGCCAGCGCCUGCAGGCUAGGUGGGAGGCUGUUGGAGCCAAGCUGAAGACACGACUCAAUACUGCCAGAGUCAACCGUCAAACUACAGGUCGAGUCACCUCUCGCCGUUUCGGAGUCGUUGAAACACCUGUUUUUAUCUUGUUUCGUCAAGGAAAGAUGUACCGCUACAACAUUCCUAAGUACGAUGUGACUUCGUUUGUGACAUUUGCCACCGAUUGGUACAAGAACGCUCGUACUGAAAAUGUUCCUGUACCCAAGACUCCUUUUGAUGACCUGACCCUUCAGAUCGCUGAGUACCUCAGAGAGAAUCCGUGGAUGUGGAAACUGGGCUCAAUAGCUGUUUGUAUCGGUGUCAUCGCCUCCGUCAUCUUGAGGCUUAACGCUGGCCAAGUUGCCCAGAAGAAAAAGUCUGCAAAGAAGGACAAAUCAGAAAAAUCUGAUAAAACGAAAAAGGCGAAAUAAUAUCUGAUUCUAGUUGUGAUAAAACAUUUACCAAACAUAGGACUGAUACAGUAAUUAUUUCUGUAGACAAUAUUUUGUGUCGUUUUCUACUUUUCUACUGUCCUAUGUUCAGAUUUUUAUCGAUGACAAUAAAUUGUCAUUUGUAAAGUGUCUUAAUGAAAAAUUUGUUAUAAUGCAACAUUUAAAGUCAAUUUUUUUCUUAACAGUGUUACAAGUGCAAUAUUAACAUAACGCAGAUUAAGUAUAUUCGUUUGGUUCAUAAUAAUAUAUUUAUGUAACUGUGUUAUGUGCUUUGUUUUACUCAGACUCCUAAUUUUCAUUGUAAAAGUUUAAUUCUUCAUAAUACUGUGGGUUUUGGUGUUUAUUUUCUAGUUUCUCCUUUGUGUUAUUAAUUUAACUAUUAUACUAAAGUGCUUAGUAAGUACUUUAUUCUCAACGGAUGUAUUUUGUGAUAAAACAUUUUAAUAUACAAAGUUUGUUAUCAGAAUUUAAACACUUAGUAAAAUGAUAGUUGGUUAUUAUUGUUUGAGACUGACAGAAAUGCACAAGAUGUCAUUUAUGUUUUUACCUAAGAGAAAUUUUCUGAGGCUUUUGGUAGGUUCUUAAAAAUAUCAAAUUAAGAGUUAUCUCUUCCUAUUUACAUACAAAACUGUAAUAAUUACAGUAUUAUUUAAGCAUUCCUUAAAAUUUUACACAAGAAUAUGUGCAUUAAUUGUGUGCUCAUAUUUUAAAUCAUAAAGCUAGUUUUUAAAAUGUAAUAUAUUUGUAAAUGUCAUGUAAAAUCUGUAAUCUAGGGAGAAUGUUUGGAUUGUAAAUUUGUUACAUUUCCAUAAUGUUACUCUUGUUUACUAUUUAAUAGUUACCCAGAAGGUUUGUAACUUUGAUUUACACACCAUUUGAAUGUGUAACAGAAUGAGUGUGUGGGAUAAGAGGAUAUAACUUUCAUUAAAACAUAAACUCACUUUGUUGAAUUCACAUGAAAACGAUGAAUCAGAUAUAGAACUAAAAAUGUAUAAAAUUGAUUUUUCAAUGUGUCAGCCAAGUCAAUACUAAUUGUUCUGAAGUACAAAAAAUUGUUGUAUUGUAAACCUUUAAAUGCUAUAUUGUAUUAACACCUUCUAUGCGGGUCUAUAUUGAGUGGUCAUGACUACUUGAAACGAGCAUGUUACACUAGCUUACUGUAGUCAAGGUGUUAUAAGAAAAAUCAGCAAAGCCCUGUACAUUUACCUGAAUGAAAUAUUUUCAGUGUUAAUUUUUUCUGUUUUGUUUUGUUUAGAAUGUUACAAUAUAUUAAUGCUUUACUAUUGUUCUCGCGCCACAGCAGUAGACAGAGACAAGGCUAACGAUGUCUUGAAGGACAGGUUCACUGUAUUAUGUAAUUCAAGACUGUCCUUACAUCCGUGAAAGUGUAUACAGAAUCUUGAAACUGUUGGAGAUUCUCACUUGAAACUAACAGUGAUUCGUGGCUUGUUUUGUGUUAACUACUUGUACUGUUAACUACGAGAGAGAGAGUUUUAAGAAGAAAUUUGCUUUAAUGAGAAACCUAAAAAGACUGCAAAACCGAACUGCUUCGAGAAUUGAAAAACCACUAACUGUGCGCAUUGGGGAUUCUGGGUUAUUUUUAUUGCUUUCUAGUGGGGUUUUCUUGCUCUCACACCAAACAUGCAGAGUGCAGCAUCUCAGAGUGACUUGUAUGAGAAUCUUUUUAAGCAAAAUAAAGGAUAGUUGGUAUUACAAAGUGAACAGAGUUGGUAUAAAAGCACAUCAUAGGGAGUGUAUAAACCUUUUUCUUUUAAGUUGUGGCCUAUUGCCAAAUACUCUCAGAGGGUUUAUUAUGCAUCCUGGAAGUAUGAACUAAAGCCCUAGCAGUGUAUCAGCAGUUCUACAAAAAGCUUAAAGAAAUCGAUCAGAUGUUUCUAAGGAAACUUUGACAUCCUUGUCCAAAGUGCAGGGUUUAAGCUGUGAUCGCAUUUGUCACAUUUUGCGAAACGAGCAGAGAAAAUGCGACACUGUUAAGAAAAGCAAACUUGCAACGAAAGCGAGAAAGAACUAACUGUGAAAAAGUAUAUAGCACUUUAAAAAUCAGUUUACAGCAUUAAAAUAUUGUUUUUCAAUGAUAUUAUAAGAUCAUACAUUUUGUCAUCACAUUUAAUUUCAUGUAUAUAAAAUAUUAGACACUGUGCGGCACCACCGGUCGGCAAACUGUCUGGUUGGAAGACGCUUGCCUACUCUCAGAUCAAAAGUAUAGAUACCCGAGUUUGAACGUUAACCACAAAUUAACUAAUACAGCUAAAAUUAUGGGAUUUACAUUAAACUUAAGCUUUUUUAUUUCUAGGUCUAGACGUAUAAAGCAAAUUAUUAACAAUCAAAUUUUGUGUCUGUAAGAAUGGAAAAAGGUACUGGUUUUGGCACUUUACUACUAAACUGCAAUUUUGAAAGUUAAAUUAUUCAUUGUUAAACUUUCCAUUGGAGGCCUGGAGCUCUUAUGAAAAAAGCUAAUGGGAAAUGGUCUAAUAUAUUAAAACAAUAGUUUAUUACGGCUUCUUCUUGCACUUAAGAGCGCGAGUAGACCGCACAUGAUCGUCACAACAUCGCCCUCAACAUUCUGAAUGUUUGCACGUGCCAACGAGCAUGCGCCGGCCAAAAAAAAUUAACAACAUCCAUUUAACUAAGUUAAAGUGGUGUUAAAAACUAUAGUUUUAAAUUGUGUUUACAAAAAUGAAUUGCCUUUAAAAAAGUAUUGACUAUAAGGUCAAUAAUGUGACCAAUGCCGAGUUUUUUAAUCAAACCCAGUGUUAAGAAUAUAAAUUUUAAUGAUUUACAAACAACUGGUUCGACAACAACUUUUAUCCAUAUAAUUCAAAAAGUCUAAAAUUAUAUACUCUUAGUUAGUACUCUUGUACAUGUCUUGUAUAACACUUUGCUCUUAAUAGGAUUAUAAGUUUUUCUGGUUAUGAAUGUUCAAAAUUGUAAUUUGGUUGAAAAGCACCAAAAGAGGCACCAUUUUUCGUUCUUAUAUACGUAAAAACUUAAAUUUAGUGUUUUUAAAACAAUUUGAUUUAUGUCUAGACGCAAAAAUAAAUAAGCUAGAUUUUAAUUUAACUCCAGUAAUUUUCACUUAACUAACUAGUUAGUUAGUUUGCGGUCAACAUUCAAACUAGGUUAUCUGUAAUUUUUUAUGCGAGAGUAGUAUCCAACGAGUGGCCAUGCUUGUUCCUAUGACAGUGGUGCUGAUGCGCCAUGGCUGACUUAUACGAACAAAAACCAACAUUGUACACUUCUAAACGUCUUGUCUUGUAGUAAAAGAGUCUGCAAGCAAUACUGGAGAUUUGAGGUUAUGUUAUAGUCAAAUUUUAUUUUGAAACAUCAGACAUUCAUAAAAGGUUAAGCAUCCACUCUAAGCAAUUUGUUAAUUAUAUCUAAUGAAGGUAGUAAUAAAAAUAAACCCAUUUCAAACGAGUUUUAAACAUUAGUGUUUAAAAAAUAAAGAAGGCUACAGCUUGAAUGAUGUUGCCUUGAUGAUGAGCCUAAUUAUUUUUUUUUUUAAGAUUAGUUGAUGUUAAAAGUAACUUUUUAUAAAAAAUAAUCAUACAAUUUACAUAUAUAUAUAUAUAUAUAUAUAUAUAUAUAUAUAUAUAUAUAUAUAAAUAUAUGUAAAUAUUUGUUCUGGAGGCUAAAGUAUUAUAGAACUUCAGACUGUUUUUCGAUAAGUAUUAUUGUAAUCUCCCGUAGAAUACCAAUGCUGUUAAUAAGUGGUGUGAAUAUUUUUGUUAUAAUGUCUGAAGGGCUUGUCACAUUUUUGCUAAGAAAAUUUUCAUCUCAAACGAAGUGUCCCUGCAGAAGUGUAGAAGAUGAAGGAUAAUAAUAAUAAUAAUAAAUUCGUUUAUUUGUCGUAAAACAUGUUACAUGCAUUGACAAAGUCUAAUUCAGCUACAGACUAAGUAGCAUUGUCUCUAAAUAAUAUUUAAUAAGUAUAAUACAUAAAUAUUAUAUAUAUAUAACAAUAUAUAAUAUUGUUCUACUACUCUGAGGGAUUUUUCGAAUGAAUGUUUUGUGAUCAGAGAUAAUUUGCAGAACGUAAUAAUGGGAUUUUCAACUUCAUUAAUUUUUUAGUGUAAUAACAAAUAGUUGAAUUAAACUUCAUGCUUGUCUUAAAAAUAAUUAUCAGUUUCAUCAACAUUAUCCAUUGUUUUUUUAGAUAAAAAAAAAAUGUUUGUAAACUGUUUCUUGUAUUGUAACAUUUUUUUAAUUAAAAAGAAUCAACUGACCAUUCGCUACAUUUAUUCAUUAUUGCAUGUUUAUUUUGAAACAGCGUAUGUAACCUCUAAUCCUGUUCCAUAUUGUUAAAGUUUAUAUUUUUUGAAAUUGUUUUAAUUAAAUCAAUUAUUUUUAUUCAUGCAAAGUAUUAAAUUUACACAAACAUUCAGCUAUAACACACCAACAAUAUUCAAUUUUAUACUAUUUGUUGGAUUAUACGUUUGGAUUAAAUGUAUAAACAUAAAUGUUCUUUCACAUUAACCUUGAAAUAAUGUAUAAUUUAAAUCUUAGAUUUUAUUAAGGUGUAUUAAAUUUUAAAUGACGUUAACUAAUUGUUUUUAAUUUUGUCGGGAAUCUUCCAACAUUGCGAAAUUCCCACUACAAAGCUAUGUUUUGGAGCUGUUCUGUGUAACUAUUUCACCAUCUGUACUGUUAUUAGCGAGUGUCAAUGUAGUUAGCGAAUAUCGUGAUAAAUUGCAGGGUUUUUCACUUCGCUUGGAUUUCUAAAAUAAUUACUAACAUUAGUGGUCUCUAUUUAAUAAACCAAUGUUGUUUUGCAAAGUCUGUUUGCGUCAGCAAAUAUGGUGUUUGUAUUAGUCUCAUUUUAUAGCACAACAUGAAAAAAGUCAAAAAAAGAUUGUACUUUAUUUUGUGAUUUACCAGAAGGGUAGGUAGAUGUAAAUCCUCUUAUAGUUUAAAUUUUUUGACUUGGUUUCAAUAAAUGUCAUUGAAACAAAAAAAUUGGUCAAUAAUUUGUUGUGUUCUUAAAAAGUGGAUAAAGUGUAAAUAUAACUGUAAUAGCAUAUCCAGUUUCGAUUGUAACAACCAGAACUACAGAAAAAUAUAAUGUAAAUAAUUACGCAUUUCUCGCAUAAGCAAUUACGCUUAAUUUUAUUCAGAGUAAUCUAGGAUGGAAUAUACAAAUAAAUGGAUUGCAAAAUGUUAAUGAAUUUUGAUGUCUUUGUUGGCUGAGAAAUGUGUACUUGAAAACCUUUGCGAUUUUGAGUCAAGCUCCAGUUUACCUUCCCUUACGCAUCUGAAAUCUGAUGCUGUCACAGACUUGACUCCUGAAAUCUGGAGUCAUGUUUUGAAGGAUCAAAAAAUAGUGGGUGACUAAGAAGCUGAAACCUACUCUUUGCAACAUUUCGACAUCAGAUUUCGACAUGCUGUAUGUAAAAGGAAGGUGAACUGGAGCUAAACUCAACAUUAGCAUUGAAUUAACCCUUCCCACCAUAGCUCGUAAUGUGUGAUAAAGUAUUGUUAUAUAAAUUCAAAUUAAAUUCAACACAGAGAAAAAUUAUUGUUUUUUAUUGUGUCUUAACAAGGCCUAAAAGGAAAAUAUUUACUAUGGUCAGUUUUAGUGUUCAGGCAUGUGCAAAUAACUGCAAUCUGUUCAAUCCUUCACUUGGUUAAUGGUGAUUUAGAACAGGCAAGUGAAGCUUUUGCUUACUUUAUGACAGCUUAUACACAUAAAAAAUGUAUUUAUUUAAAUUGAUUUAAGGAUCUUUCAUAUAGUUUGUGUUUGUUGUUAAAUUUAUUUUAUAAAUGUUAACAAGUAAGGUUUUUGUCAGUAUGAGGUGCUUAAAAAUAUUAAUAAAUUUGUUAACUUCUAAAA